AAUAUCUCAUUAAGGACAGUCGCACCACCCCAAAAACAUUGGAACCUGCAAAUGUAAAAAAAAAAGAAAAUACAAGCGCCAAUGCUCACUCUCCCUCCUCAACAUUUUGGUUUCCCUCUCUCUCUCUCUCAAAAUUUCGAAAUCUAAUAUCGUUUUCCCUCCCCCCACACAAUCUGUUAUCCCUUCUCCUAAAUUGCUGAAUCUGGAGAGUAGUCCACUAACCCAAUUGAAAUCUCUCUCUCUCUCUCUCUCUCUCUCUCUCUUUCGAAUUACAUUUCUAGGGUUUAACUUCUUAUUGCUAUGGCUUUGGAUGACGUGAAAGCCUCGAAACGCAAAUCGGAUCCUGGCGUUCGAGUCAUCGGUGGAAGAAUCUACGACUCUAGCAACGGCAGAUGCUGUCACCAGUGUCGACAGAAGACGAUGGACUUUGUUGCUUCCUGCAAGGCCAUGAAGAAGGAGAAGCAAUGUCCCAUUAGCUAUUGUCAUAAGUGCUUACUCAACAGGUAUGGUGAGAAGGCAGAGGAGGUGGGUGCAUUAGAUGAUUGGCGUUGUCCUAAGUGCAGAGGCAUCUGCAAUUGCAGUUUCUGCAGGAAGAAACGAGGCCAAAGCCCGACAGGAAUAUUAACACACAAGGCUAAAGCUAGUGGGCUAUCAUCAGUCUCUGAGCUUCUAGAGGUUGAGGGUCAUGAUACCUUUUCUUAUCAGAAGAAAAAGCCAAAGCUGGAGAAUGUUUCCAAUGGAGAUGUUGUUGCCAAGAAUAGCAACAAAGCAGCGGGCAAGAUCAAGAAAGCCCUGAAUAAGAUCAAAACCGACUUUCCAAGGGCAAAACCGGAGGACGUUUCCAUUGAAGAUGUUGCCAAGGAGAACAACAAAGUUACAGGCAAGAUCAAGAAAGCUUUGAAUAAGACCAAAAAUGGCUUUCCAAAGGCAAAACCGGAGGCUGCUUCGGUUGAAGGUACAUCUGUUGCCAAGGAGAACAACAAAGCGGCGGGCAAGAUCAAGAAAGCCAAAACCACUAACAAAAUGAAAGAGGAGGAAAUUCAGAUUGAGGCUAAACUUCCUAAUGGUAUAAGCUUGACUAACGUCUCAGGCAUUGACAUACCCACUGAAGAAACUGGAAAUGUGUUGCAAUUUCUUGAGUUUUGUUCAGCCUUUGGAAAGGCUCUCGAUUUGAAGCAAGGGCAUGCUAAGUCUAUUGUUGCUGCGGUUUUUGGAAGUGGGCGUAACACAAGGAGGCAACAAUAUUGCUCUGUUAUACCGAUGAUGAUCCAGUUGAUGGAGUUAAUAUCACAUGAUAGAGAUAUGUCUUUGUCUCUAAGUGCAACUGACAGCACUUGGUUCAGCUCUCUUGGAGAGUGCCUAUUGCAGUCAGGAGUUCUGAGUGACGUUUUCCCACCUGAAACUUUCAAAUCAGGUGUCUCUGAGUACAAAAAGAUGGAUGCAUCAGCAAGGCUCAAGCUUCUCAACUUCUUAUGUGAUGAAUCACUUAGCACAUUGAAAAUGAGGAAUUUCAUUGAGAACGAAAGUAAGGAGUCUGACACAAAGGAAAGAGAAGCAAAAGAAAAGGCUGCAGCUGCAAAGGAAAAGGAGAAACAACUGAGGCAGAAGAUGCAAGGUGAUCUUGUCAAAGCCCAUAUGGAAAAAAACGGAGCUCCAUUGUCCAUUGAAGAGCACCACAAAGUUUUGGCUCAAAUAAAAGCUGAAGCUAAAGAAGCUUAUGGAGAGAUGCUGAAGGCAACAUCUAGAAAGAGGCAACGAUGUGAUGCUGUUAGAACUGACCCGAUCCUUUUGAGUGAUGAUGGUCUUGCUCUCUGGAAACUAAAGUGCUUUGAGGAAGAACCAAAGUUUUUGCUUCAAGAUGUAGGAGGAACCUUUGAUGAUUUAUCUCCACAUGAAAAAUGGUUAGCUUUCAAGCCUGAGCAGAAACAAGAGAUAGAAAAGUAUAUCUCUGCCAAUAGGAUGAAAAUGAUGCUAGCACAAAAGAAUGCAAAUGUGGAAAUCAAUUAAAGAACGAGAAUUGGCCAUCAUUCAACUUUCAGUAUUCUGAAAAGUUAAACUAAUAUCUUCUCUUUUGUCAUCUAGGCUUCUUUUGUUCAGUUCAGCUUAAUUCUGUUGUAUGAUAUGGGCAUGAUAUGCUUGUUCUAUGCCUCAGACUCUUACUAUAGCGGGGAAACCUCAAUCUUGUAUGUUUCAUUAUUAUUUUUGUAUCAACAUCUUUGGUUAUAUAGAAAAUGUUGACAAGAAAAAUUUA